UCAACACUUGAGGUUCUUUCUGCAUCAUGAGUACUAAGGAACUGGAUUAUUUUAUACCUAAAAGCCACUAGAGUCAUGUCAAACUCAGAUUUAAACAUGUCCUGCAGUAACGUGUUGACAUUCAUCACUGUGAUCAAUAAUUGUUUAUUUAGUACCAUAAUAGCUUUGCAUGCAACCUCAUAGGCAUUGCAUGUGUAUGAAAACUUCUGGUUCGGGUGAAUUAUAUUUCCGAUGCCAAAGGCCAGUUUGCCUUGUUGCCACAAUCAAGAAAAUAUAUCAAAAAGUGUAUAUUUAUGGCUGUUGUAAUUUAGUUCGGACUUAGUGUUUUUUGUGCCAUUGUUUAUUAUGCUUUCUUUCCCUGAUCAAGAAAAUAUAUACAGGAUGAUCCAGGAGGAAAGAAAAACAUUUUAACAGGUGUCACCUCAAUACAUUGAAGAAGUAUCUACAAUGGAACUACACCAAAUCGAUCUGAAAUUUACAUGGGUGGAUUACACAGUGGUGUCAGCCAUGUUACUUCUGUCUACUUUGGUUGGCGUCUACUACACCUUCUUCAACAGACAGAACACCUUUGAAGACUACAUGCUGGGCGGCAAGACCAUGGGAGUCUUCCCAGUGUCAAUGUCUCUUGUGGCCAGUUUUAUUUCGGGAAUCACUCUGUUGGGCCUACCUACUGAGAUAUAUCUCUAUGGCACCCAAUACUCAGUCAUCAACUUUUCCGUUCUUGGGGUGCUCAUCCUAUGUAUCACCUUCUACCUUCCAGUUUUUUUACAAGCUUCAACUCAAUUCUGUGUUUGA